GUCUCCCACCGGCGUCGCCUCACCCGCACAAAAAUUGUGUUCUCAUCACUUCCAACUGUCUCUAGAUUCAAACCGCUUGUCGACGUUCUCUCUCGUCCGACUUUCUUUUUCCACAAAAGUCAUCGGGAACGUCGUAGCGGAUCUGCCAGGCGUCCCCGCUUUCCGCAGGUGUAACUCCCCCGCUUUGCUCCUUCCUGCCUUGCUCGAAGGCGCCUCGACGAACCGGCGACAGCCUGCUGCGGGCUUCCAACCCCAAAGUCGCCUUUACAGCAUCGUCGACAUCAUCAGGUAAGAGCGAGAGUUGGGCUGAGUGCGAGCCAGCAUCUGAACAGCUUGUGAGGAAAUGGCAGACUGGAGUCUGCUGGGAAACUUCCUGGAGGAAGUGCAGGAACACUCCACCUCCAUUGGCAAGGUGUGGUUGACCAUCCUGUUCAUCUUCCGCAUCCUGGUACUCGGGACGGCGGCCGAGUCGUCGUGGGGCGACGAGCAGGAAGACUUCAACUGCGACACGGAACAGCCAGGCUGCGAGAACGUUUGCUACGACAGAGCCUUCCCCAUCGCGCACAUACGAUACUGGGUGCUCCAGAUCGUGUUCGUGUCCACGCCGAGCCUGGUGUACAUGGGCCACGCCAUGCACACGGUACGCAGGGAGGAGAAGCGGCGCAACCGAGAGGAGGACCAAAGGGCCGAGGACGACAACGACGACCCGGGAGGGGGCGACGAGGAAUCGGCAAAGGCCAAGAAGGCGGGGCCGUCGGCCGGGAGGGUACGCCUGAAGGGGGCGCUGCUGCAGACCUACGUGCUCAGCAUCCUCAUCCGGAGCAUCAUGGAGGUGGUGUUCCUGUGCCUGCAGUACUUCCUGUAUGGAAUAUUUCUCCAUCCUCUUUAUGUUUGCAAGGCGUGGCCAUGUCCACACCCGGUCAACUGUUACGUGUCGCGGCCCACGGAGAAGAACGUCUUCAUCGUGUUCAUGUUGGCCGUGUCGGGCGUGUCGCUGUUGCUCAGCGUGCUGGAGCUGCACCACCUGGCCUGGAGACACUGCUGCAGACGCCUUUUGGCGUCAAGGAAGGCCGCCGGCGCUACGGAUUCGCCUCAGUCCAAACAAGUACCCCCGCCCCCGCCGCCGCCUACACCGCCUCCCGACUUCAGCCAGUGCGUGAUCGGCUCGUCGCACUUUCUGGCGCUGCCCUUCCCCAACCACCGCUUGGCCCACCAGCAGAACUCGGUCAACAUGGCGGCCGAGCAGCACAAGAUGGCGGCCGGCACGCACGGCGACGAGGGCCCGCCGGAGAUGACCUGCUACUCGGCCGGCUGGCGGGACGCCGCCGGCUGCCUGCAGAUCCGCAACGGCGGCUCCGAGCGCCUGCUGUUAUGCGCCGACAAACGGCGACUCAGCAAAACCAGCGGCGCGAGCGGCCGCACGCGAGCAGACGACCUCGCCAUCUGACAACGCGAGCCAUUCAGCUCCUCGCACGAAACCCACGAUGGCCGAACCAACACUCGAGCCAUUCAUCGGGAGGCCUCGGAGGAGAAUUUCGCUCUUUAGACCUGAGCCGAAACUUAAGCGAGAAUGCGGAGAAUCAGGCUACAAGGAGUCAAGACUUUUUUUCCUUUUUAAAAGACGAACAAGACGGGCUGCAUGUAGGUCACCAACAGACACAAAACAAACACGAAUCUAUUUCAAAAGGUCAACGAGAAGGCCGCGCACUUGGUACCAUGUCGCAAUAAUAGAACCAAAACACAAUAUGACAGCACACAAACAUACACCAUCCAGCACACUUCACAAUCAAUAUUUAUCUAACAAUAUGACAAAAAUGUUAAUGAAUGCAUCCUACUCACCAGACAUGCUGAUUAUUAAAAGUAUGAAUGUUUGCAGAUCACUAGGGAUGUGUUUUGCUAGUCGAAGUUGAAGUUUGGCUCUGACCGACCCGAAAAAAAAAAAGGACGGACGGACGGAAGAAUGAUCAUGUCAAAUUUAUUUUUUUUCUGGGGAAAAACAUUUUUGGGACUUUUCCACGAAAAUCAACUGUGCCUCAGCUGAUCGCAGACAAUGAUUGUGCUCCACUUGUAUUUGCGGUCAAUGCCUUUAAGAUGCGAUAAAUGAUCAGUUGAUUACAAAGCCCAUCCGAACCAGCACAACACAAACAUGGCACACACGAGUGAGUGUCUACAAACACUUAACAAAAAGUGUCUCGCUCUUCUUUUUUUUUU